CCAUCCACCAUACGAGCUAGCUAGCUAGCUACAUAAGUUGUAAGUUCACUUCGGAACCUUUUAAUAAUCCGUUUCAAUAUACUGCACAAUGAUGGGGAAAACAUCAUUUCUGCUCCCCCUGCUGCUGCUAUUACUAAACCAUAAUGGUUCAGCCAUGGGAGCAAGAGAUCAUCAUCACCGUUUCUUCUCACCAACGGCCGCCAUAGACGAUAUCCUCGUUAAGUAUCGGACCAUGCGCGCCGCCGGAGGGAGGCCUCCAACCCCGCGCGUCAAUACCGGUCGUCAUUUCGGGCCUCUGCUGCCUCUGCCGCCACCGCCCCCGCCCGCCCCUUCUUCUUAGAAUGAACUACGAGAAAUAAACAUUGUAUGGGGUAUUCUAAUUUUGGCACCACUUUCACAAUUCUUAGACAGUAUUCCCUUCAUUCACAAUUGACUAUCUAUUAUUAGGACUAUAAUUUUUGAGAUGUUUUGAAUGAGUAUUACGUAGUAACAUACAUCAUGUUUAUAUUUAUUCAAUUUCUAAUGCAUGUAAAAAAAAAUUGUACCGAGUAAUAGAUACGUACUUGGUUU